UGCAGUUAGCUUUGUUUAUAGAAUGUCAGUACUCGGUGCAUUGUGCUAGUUUUUCCUAUAGAUAUCAAUGGCCACCUCAAAUACAAUAGAUGCUACUGCCUUUCAGUAUGUUCAACCGGAAGUGGUCAAAGUAACCGAGCCAUCUACAGUCAUAAUUGAUGAUGCAGAACAAUUCGGACGUUUCGAAGAGAGGACAACAUACAUUUUGGAUAAAUUCGAAUAUCCUAGGAAAGGAAGAGAGCCGGGAUUACUAAUUAUUUUCAAUCAAGUUCAUUUCAAUAAUGAAAAAACAAGAACGGGUAGCUAUAAGGACGUGAAUGAAAUUAUUUUAUGUUUUUCGAGAUUAGGCUUUAAUAUUCGAUCGAAACACGUUUUUACGGAUCUGACCAAAUCAGAAAUGUACUCAGCGAUACAUACAGUACUCGAAGAUGAUCUCAGUGAAUUCAAUUGCCUCAUUGUAUUUUUUCUCACCCAUGGUACAAACAAGAAUAAACUCAUGACAAGAGAUAAAACAUUCAGUGCUACAGCUGUGUGGAAACAGUUUGCUGAAAAUAAAGAUCUGCUCCACAAACCAAAAUUGUUCAUUUUCCAGGCAUGCAAGGGCUCCAACCAUCCUAAGCCGUCAGAUCUUUUGAAAAAAGUAUUUAUAGUACCUCAUACAACAUUCACUGUGGAUUCCAUACUUCCGGAUAUGGUGAUAGUUUUUUCUUCUGUAGAAGGUUCCGUAUCCUUCAGAAACAACGAAUCUGGAUCGUGGUUUAUUCAAGAACUCUGUCGAAAUUUUUCUACAUACGGUAGAAGAGAUGACGUCAUCACAUUACUCUUACGAACUAACAAGUGCGUAGCAAGAAAUUACGUCUCAGAGUAUGGGUGCCAGCAGAUGCCUGUCUUCAUAUCCACGUUGAAUAAAAUGUUUUACUUGAAUAGAAAUAAGGACAGGAGUGCCCUUCAGGAGUUCAACCAAAAUAACGAUGAAAUAUUGAGAUCUUUGAACGAUUUAAACAUGCGAGUCGAAGAAAUGAAGGAAUUGACCAGGAGAAAACAUGGAGAAAAUUACCAAUCGGAAAAUAAUACAUGAUUUACAUCUGUGUUUGCUAGAAUUAUGUUGUAUCUGAAUACAUAUAUGAUGAGAGA